UCCAGUUCACUUUUCCACUCCCUCUUUCUCCUUCUCUGGUUAACCUCAUCGCAGACUUCUCCAUCAAGACUCGCACAUUUCACGCUUUGCUAUAGCUUGAAUCAUGAGGAAAUCGGUGAAUCGUCCGCCAACACCAGAUGCAGGAGAAAAUCAAGAAAAAGAACCAUCGGUUCGAGAAAUUGUCAACAUCAAGUUGAUUGAGAGCGGUGAAAAAGAGCGAUUAAUGGAGCUUCUAAGGGAAAGGCUUAUAGAGUGUGGUUGGAAGGAUGAAAUGAAAGCUCUUUGCAGGGCAUUUGUAAAGAAGAAAGGAAGAAAUAAUGUUACAGUGGAUGACCUCAUACAUGUAAUUACUCCAAAGGGCAGAGCCUCCAUUCCUGAUUCCAUAAAGGCUGAACUGUUGCAAAGAAUUCGAACGUUCCUCGUGUCAGCAGCUCUUUGACACAUCAGCGUGGUUGCUCUAUCCCUUUGUUCAUGAAAGAUGCACUCAGUGGACAGUAACCCUUUGUUCAGGCAAAAUAUAUUAUGGGUUUCUUGGGGUGGAGGCAACUGUACUUUACUGUAACAGCCAGCUGAAUGCUUGAGAAAGUUUCAUCAUUUUAUUGCUAUUAUGAUCAGAACUGAUAGAAACCAGUUCCUUAUGCUUGUAAUAAUUCUUAUUUACAAAUAUUUUCAUUAGUCAACUCUUAGAUCUUUCUUUGUUUUCUGCUCUGAAUAAUGUUUCCGGAAAUCUUUUUAAUCUAGUCUAUUAAAUCAA